UGUGGCACUGUCUAUAAAUUGAGCGGCCAAAGCAAAGAAAACUCCAUUAAAAAAAAAAAAAAAACUCUUUAAAAAAGCUUUCUUUGCUCUUUCUUUCUCUGAUCACUCCGUGAUUGAAAAGAGAAAAAAAAAAAACAAAAAAAACAAUAGCCUUUUCUGGACUCUCAGCUUUGUCUUCUACUUUCUCGUGCAACAGAUCAUAAGCAACCCAUUCUUCAGGAACCUUCGCGAUCAUAUUUUUCACUUCUUUUUUUUUUUUUUCUGUUUUUCUCAUCUGGGUCUCACGGGAUUCGCUUUUUUCCCCAGUUUUUUUUUUUUUUUUUUUUUCCGAAAUUUGGCAUAAAGUCUGCGUUUUUCUUAUCUGGGUCUGUAUUGUUUCACUGCCCAUAUAAAAGGAAAGAAGAGAGAUGUCGAGUCGGAACUUGGAGAAGAUGGCGUCUAUUGAUGCUCAGCUGAGGCUUCUGGCGCCGGCCAAGGUGUCGGAGGACGACAAGCUGAUUGAGUAUGACGCUUUGUUGUGUGAUCGAUUUCUUGACAUUCUUCAGGAUUUACAUGGAGAGGAUCUUAGAGAAACGGUUCAAGAUUGUUAUGAGCUUUCUGCCGAGUAUGAGAGGAACUUGGAUCCUAAGAAGUUGGAGGAACUCGGGAAUGUUUUAACGAGUUUGGAUCCCGGGGACUCUAUUGUUGUUGCUAAAUCGUUUUCCCACAUGCUUAACCUGGCCAAUCUGGCUGAGGAAGUUCAGAUUGCUUACAGAAGAAGGAUCAAGCUGAAGAAGAAGGGGGACUUUGUUGAUGAGAAUUCAGCUACUACCGAGUCUGACAUUGAGGAGACUCUGAAGAGGCUCGUGGUGGAUUUGAAGAAGUCCCCGCAGGAGGUUUUCGAUGCAUUGAAGAACCAGACUGUGGAUUUGGUUUUAACUGCGCAUCCUACUCAAUCCGUCCGCAGAUCGUUACUUCAAAAGCAUGCAAGGAUAAGGAAUUGUUUGACGCAGUUGCAUGCUAAGGAUAUAACUCCUGAUGAUAAGCAGGAACUUGAUGAGGCUUUACAAAGAGAGAUUCAAGCUGCAUUUCGUACUGAUGAAAUUCGAAGGACUCAACCCACCCCACAAGAUGAGAUGCGAGCAGGCAUGAGCUACUUUCAUGAGACGAUAUGGAAAGGUGUGCCAAAAUUCUUGCGUCGUGUUGACACUGCCUUGAAGAAUAUAGGAAUAAACGAGCGCGUCCCUUACAAUGCCCCUCUUAUUCAAUUCUCUUCUUGGAUGGGUGGUGAUCGUGAUGGAAACCCCAGGGUAACACCAGAAGUUACAAGGGACGUAUGCUUGCUGGCCAGAAUGAUGGCGGCGAAUUUGUACUUUUCCCAGAUUGAGGAUCUUAUGUUUGAGUUGUCUAUGUGGCGCUGCAACGAUGAACUACGCACUCGCGCUGAUGAAAUUCACAGCUCCUCAAAGAAAGAUGCAAAGCACUAUAUAGAGUUCUGGAAAAUAAUUCCUCAAAAUGAGCCCUAUCGUGUUAUCCUUGGUGGUGUGAGGGACAAGCUUUAUAACACACGUGAGCGAGCUCGUCAAUUACUUGCCAAUGGAUUCUCUGACAUUCCUGAGGACACCACUUUUACCAAUGUUGAGCAGUUCUUGGAGCCUCUUGAAUUAUGUUACAGAUCGCUUUGCUCUUGUGGCGAUAGAUCAAUAGCUGACGGAAGCCUUCUUGAUUUCUUGCGUCAAGUCUCCACUUUUGGGCUUUCACUCGUCAGGCUUGACAUCCGACAAGAAUCAGACAGGCACACUGAUGUCAUGGAUGCGAUAACAAAGCAUCUCGAGAUUGGAUCCUACCGCGAGUGGUCUGAGGAACGCAGGCAAGAAUGGCUCUUGUCUGAGCUCCGUGGCAAGCGACCUCUCUUUGGCCAAGACCUUCCGAAAACCGAAGAAAUUGCUGAUGUCCUUGACACGUUUAAUGUCAUUGCUGAGCUUUCCCCGGACAACUUUGGUGCCUACAUCAUUUCCAUGGCUACAGCCCCGUCCGACGUGCUUGCUGUUGAGCUUUUGCAGCGUGAAUGCCGCGUGCAGACUCCACUGAGGGUGGUUCCUUUGUUUGAGAAGCUCGCUGAUCUUGAGGUUGCUCCGGCUGCCGUGGCUCGUCUCUUCUCGAUAGACUGGUACAGGGACCGGAUCAACGGCAAGCAAGAGGUCAUGAUUGGGUACUCAGAUUCCGGAAAGGACGCCGGACGAUUAUCCGCUGCUUGGCAGUUGUACAAGGCUCAAGAAGAGCUUGUUAAGGUGGCUAAACAAUUUGGAGUAAAGCUCACGAUGUUCCAUGGCCGAGGUGGGACUGUUGGAAGAGGAGGUGGACCAACACAUCUUGCUAUAUUGUCUCAGCCUCCAGACACAAUCCAUGGCUCUCUCCGUGUCACCGUUCAAGGUGAAGUCAUUGAGCAGUCAUUUGGAGAGGAGCACUUGUGCUUCAGAACCCUGCAGCGUUUCACUGCAGCAACACUCGAGCAUGGAAUGCAUCCCCCAGUGUCGCCAAAGCCAGAGUGGCGAGCGCUCAUGGAUGAGAUGGCUGUUAUUGCCACGAAGGAAUACCGAUCCAUAGUCUUUCAGGAGCCUCGUUUUGUCGAGUACUUCCGCCUUGCAACUCCCGAGUUGGAGUAUGGUCGGAUGAACAUUGGAAGCCGUCCAUCGAAGAGGAAGCCAAGUGGAGGCAUCGAGUCACUCAGGGCGAUCCCAUGGAUCUUUGCAUGGACGCAGACGAGGUUUCACUUGCCGGUGUGGCUUGGAUUUCGGGCAGCAUUUAAGCAUGUUAUUGAGAAGGAUGUGAAGAAUCUUCAGAUGCUUCAGGAGAUGUAUAACAGGUGGCCUUUCUUCAGGGUCACCAUUGAUUUGGUUGAGAUGGUUUUUGCUAAAGGAGACCCGAGAAUUGCUGCUCUCUAUGAUAAGCUCCUUGUGUCUAAAGAGCUUUGGUCCUUUGGAGAGAAGUUGAGGUCUAACUAUGAAGAAACUAAACGUCUUCUCCUCAAGGUUGCCAGGCACAAGGAAGUUUUGGAAGGAGAUCCCUACUUGAGACAGAGACUUCGCCUUCGUGACUCGUACACAACGACACUUAACGUUUGCCAAGCCUACACACUAAAACGGAUCCGGGACCCGAACUACCAUGUGACAGAAAGGCCACACUUGUCCAAGGAAUACAUGGAGUCGACGAACAAGCCAGCAGCAGAGCUUGUGAAGCUCAAUCCCACGAGCGAGUACGCGCCAGGCCUCGAGGACACACUUAUUUUGACGAUGAAGGGUAUCGCCGCCGGCAUGCAGAACACCGGUUAGAAGACUUGUUUAUGUUUUGGUUAUGAUGUCAACUUCGAAUGUGUAAACUAGAACCGAGAAACAAUAAAAGCUUUAAUAGAACGUAUAAUAAACUCUGGUAUAAUGACUCAAAUACCUAGAGGCUUAUUUAUGGCUUUUGUAACCAAGGAUUCUCCAUGUUUUUUUCGCUAUAUAAGAAAGUUUAUUCUAUUUA